AUGCCAUUUAACACCGAGCUCACCCGCCGACUGGGCAUCAAGAUCCCCGUCGUACAAGGCGGCAUGCAGCAUGUGGGAUAUGCUGAGAUGGCCGCUGCCGUAUCGAACGCCGGAGGGUUGGGUAUACUCACAGCACUGACUCAGCCCACACCCGAGGACCUGAGGAAUGAGAUCCAGCGCUGCAGGAAGAUGACCAAGAACCCCUUCGGCGUCAACAUCACGCUGCUGCCUGCCCUUGCGCCCCCAGACUACGGCGCCUACGCCCAAGUCGUCAUCGACGAGGGUAUCAAGAUCGUCGAGACCGCCGGCAAUAGCCCCGGUCCAGUCAUCUCCAAGCUGAAAAAGGCCGGCAUCAUCAUUCUCCACAAGUGUACUACCAUCAGACACGCACAGAGCGCCAUAAAGCUCGGCGUCGACUUCCUCUCCAUAGACGGCUUUGAGUGCGCGGGACACGUGGGCGAGUCAGACAUCACCAAUUUCAUCCUGCUCAGCAAAGCACGUCAGACUCUAAAGGUGCCUUUUAUCGCAUCGGGAGGCUUCGCAGACGGUCAGGGCUUAGCGGCUGCGCUGUGUCUCGGUGCUGAGGGCAUCAACAUGGGUACACGUUUCAUGUGCACGGUCGAGGCGCCCAUCCAUCAGAAGAUCAAGGAAGAGAUCGUCAACGCCCAAGAGACCGAUACGGCCCUGGUCAUGCGGAGGUGGACAAACACCACCCGGCUGUACCGCAACAAAGUGACUGACCAGAUCGUCAAGAUUGAGAAGGAGACCAAGACGGGAGAGUUCGCAGAGAUCGCCCCGUUGGUAAGCGGAAAGCGAGGUCGGCAAGUCUUCUUGAAUGGUGACCCGGAAUUCGGCGUAUGGACUGCUGGGCAGGUCAUAGGCCUCAUCCACGAUAUCCCGACAUGUGACGAGCUUGUCAAGAGGAUCGAGAAGGACGCGGAGGAAACGUUGACCGCAAAGCUCUCUCUGGCCAAUCCGAAGAGCAAAUUGUAG